AUAAAAGCGCUGAAAAUUAUAACAACUUAGUUAAUAGUAAUUAAGUCAUAACUCUGGGCAGUUGAUUAAUUGUUAAUAAGAGAUAUGUUUAAACUGUGGCUGAAACUUGAACUGUUAUUGGCGUUCGGCAGUGUUUUCGCUAAUGCAUGUACGAUUACAAUACCAACCGAUUUACCGGACCCACAGCCGGUUAUCGUGUUAGGAGAAGAACUAUUCCAUCCACUUAAUGAGGUAACCGAAGUGCAGGAGAAUGACGAGAUUACUUUGCAUUGCGCCGGUAACGGCAAUCGAGUGGUUGCUUUGAGCCAACAAACAGCCACACUAAAAUGCCAAGGAGGUAAAUUCUACAGUCAGGAGAAGAAAAAGGCAUACGCGCUUAAAGAUUUACAAUGUACACGUAUACCCACCUCUGAGCUGUUGGUAACACAGAACGCAUGUGCCGAAGGCGCUGGUGUUUUCUACGAAGUCGGCUUUCAGGUGAACGAUGUUUUCCUCAGCGUAUUCACGAUUUGUUACGAUAGCGAAAACGAACAUGCGCUUUAUUCGCGUAGCAUCGUUAAUGGCGCAGCGCAGAAUUUUAAAAUCAACGAUAGCACCCGUCGUUCCUUCCGUGCGGAUGGCAUGCGUUUCACCACCACUGCAACUAAUAAUUUCUACACGAACAAAAAUCAACGUACGCGUUUCGAAGCACUUUUCGGCACUGAUCAAACUUAUAUAAAUAGCAACAGCUUCUUGGCGCGUGGUCACCUGGCACCGGAUGCGGAUUUCGUCUUCAGUUACGAACAGUUAGCCACUUACUAUUAUGCUAAUUGUGCUCCCGAGUGGCAGGUUGUGAACGCCGGCAAUUGGGUACGCGUGGAGAAUGCCGCGCGCAAACUCGCCUCUUCAUUCGGCUCUGAUUUAUUGACCUUCACCAGCACUUUGGAUGUGUUGGAGUUGCCAAAUCCGGCGAAUAAACAGUUGAGUGAAAUUUAUUUGGAUAAAACAGAAAUCAUUUCUGCGCCAAAAUGGUACUAUAAAGUGGUGAUGCAUCCUAAUUUGCCCAUUGAUAUCGUCUUUGUCACGCUGAAUAAUCCAUUCGCAACUGUCGGUAAAGAAGUGGAGUUUUGUAACAAUAUUUGUGGAAAGUAUGGUUUGGAUUCCAGCUUCUAUGGGGAUGCUAGUCGUGGUUACACAUUUUGUUGCGAGUUGAAUGAUUUUUGGUCAUCCAUCAUGAAUGAUGAAACUCCAUAUUAUGAACUUCCCGAGGGCUGGAGUUAUAAGAAUUAACUUGAGGCAUGUGUAUUAUACGUGUCUUUAUUAAAAAAAUAUAUAUUUGAAAUUA